AUGGACAAGUACAAGGAGGUGCGGGACAUCGGGUCGGGAAACUUCAAGGUGGCCCAGUUGAUGCACAACCGCGAGAACGACGGGCUCGUCGUCGUCAAGCUCAUCGAGCGCGGCCACCGGGUCGGCCAAUCCGUCCUGAUCUUCAACCACCGCUCCCUUCGGCACCCCAACAUCAUCCAGAUCAUAGAGGUGAUCCUCACACCGACGCAUCUUGCAAUUGUGAUGGAGUAUGCGGCCGGCGGCGAGCUCUUUGAUCGAAUCGUUGAUCGUGGGUGGUUCAGCGAGGAGGAGGCCACAUAUUUCUUCCAGCAGUUGAUCUGCGGCGUAAGCUACUGCCAUCACAUGCAAAUAUGCCAUAGGGAUUUGAAGCUGGAGAAUGUUCUCUUGGAUGGCAGCCCAGCUCCGCGGCUCAAGAUAUGCGAUUUUGGGUCACCUUCCCAUCAUAUUCCCGACGACAAGGAGGGAUUCCGGCUGGAGAGGCAUGUGACGGAGGAGUUGAAUAUUGCAUAUGCGUACCAUGAAUUUACCAGCCUGGAGAAUGAAGAGAUCUUCAAAUGGUUCGAUUCCCAUAUGGAUCACAAGAUUUGA